GAGGACUGGGAAGCCCAAGCUGAGCCGCCGGUGUCCGCGUGGGGAGGCGCCAACAGCACCGAGAACCUGAAGUCCCGCCCCGAAGGUGAGGCCCCACCCACUCCGCUCGGGUCGCGCGUCCGUUUCCAGCGUAUGCAGGCGCCCUCGGACCGCCAUUACGCUGCACCGCGGUGUGGGUCGAGAGAUAAGAAGUCUGCGGGUCCGGAGGAAAGGCUAAGUGCAAUAUCUCGACGACAGCGGCCUACGGCUGCAGAAGCCGCACCUAUAGGGCGAGGGAUUCGCUUCUACCUGGCUGACGGCGCACCCUUCUGGAGCCAUGGUCCAUGCCUUCCUCAUCCACACCCUGAGGUCUCCAAAUGUGGAGGAUCCAGGCCUUUGCCGAGUGCUCUAUUCCUGCAUCUUUGGUGCUGAUAAGUCAUCAGGUGAUCCAAGGCCACAUGGUGCAGAGAGGGACAGGCUCCUCCGAAAGGAACAGAUUUUGGCUGUGGCCAGGCAGGUGGAGUCCAUGUGCCAGCUGCAGCAGCAGGCGUCUGGCCGGCCCCUUACAGACCUGCAGCUGCAGUCUUCAGAUGAGCCUGUGUCCCUGCAUGAGGCCCCCAAUGGGGCCUUCCGCCUGGCCCCUGGGGACCCGUUCCAGGAGUCUCAAACGGUGGUAUGGCUGGGGGUGCUCUCACUAGGCUUCGCCUUGGUACUAGAUUCCCAUGAGAACCUGCUGCUGGCUGAGAGCACUCUCCGACUACUGGCCCGCCUUCUCAUUGACCACCUUCGGCUGCUGGCCCCUGGCACCAGCAUCCUGCUGCGGUCUGACCGCAUUGAGGGCAUCCUCACCCGCUUUCUGCCCCAUGGCCAGCUGCUCUUCCUAAAUGACCAGUUCGUUCAGGGUCUGGAGAAGGAAUUCAUUGCUGCCUGGCCCCGCUGACCUCUUGCUGGGACAGAAUUUCCCUGAGAAGGCCAGGAGGAAUGGCAGAGGUUGCCCAACAGGCUCUGCCUCCUCCUCCUCUUCCCUGCUCCCUGCUCUCUACUCUGAUGACCUGUUGCACCCAGGACAAAUAGAGGCUAGCUGGCAGAAAGGGGGCUGGGUAGCGAGUGGAGGAGGGGCAGUGUCUGUUUUCUGGCCAGUGUUC